AGAUACAAGUUGUUGGAGCAAUUUAGGACUGCAUAAGGAUAAGGGACAAGCUGCUGAUGACAUAUUCCAUUUUCAAAACCCAGUUUCAAAGCACUGCAUUUGGACUAAAGCAGAGACGCUCUUCUGAUCUCUUCCAACUUUCGUUCAAGGUUCUCAAGCAUACAACUCAAAUGGCUCGUUCUGCACUCGACGAGAUGUCGGACACUGGUGCCUUUUUAAGAACUCCUUCAACAUUCCGUAAUUUUAUUUCCCGAGACCCAAAUUCUCCUUUUCCACCAGAAACUGGAAGAUAUCACCUGUAUAUAUCAUAUGCUUGUCCCUGGGCAUCAAGAUGUCUUGCAUACUUGAAAAUCAAAGGUCUCGACAAAGCCAUCAGUUUUGCAUCGGUCAAACCCAUAUGGGAGAGAACAAAAGACACCGAUGAGCACAUGGGAUGGGUCUUUCCUGCAUCAGAAACAGAAGAACCAGGAGCUGAACCUGACCCUUUGAAUGGAGCAAAAACUAUAAGAGAACUAUAUGAAAUUGCAAGUACAAACUACUCCGGAAAAUAUACAGUUCCUGUCCUUUGGGAUAAGAAGUUAAAAACAAUUGUGAGUAACGAGAGUGGAGAGAUUAUCCGCAUGUUCAAUACUGAAUUCAAUGAGAUAGCGGAGAAUGCGGCUUUGGACCUUUAUCCUCCUCACUUGCAAGCCCAGAUCAAUGAAGUUAAUGAGUGGAUAUAUGAGGGAAUAAAUAAUGGUGUUUACAAAUGUGGGUUUGCUAAAAAGCAAGGGCCUUAUGAAGAGGCUGCGAAGAAGUUGUAUGAGGCUUUGGAAAAAUGUGAGGAAAUACUAGGCAAGCAGCGGUACUUAUGCGGAAACACAGUUUCUGAAGCAGAUAUCCGAUUGUUUGUUACCCUUAUUAGAUUUGACGAGGUUUAUGCUGUUCACUUCAAGUGCAACAAGAAACUGCUCCGUGAGUUCCCUAACCUGUUCAAUUACACCAAAGACAUAUUCCAAAUUCCUGGCAUGAGUAGUUCGGUCAACAUGGAACACAUCAAGCGGCAUUAUUAUGGCAGCCAUCCAUCCAUUAAUCCCUUUGGGAUCAUUCCUCUUGGUCCUGACAUCGAUUUUUCUGCUCCUCAUGACAGGGAAAGGUUUUCCAACUAGAAUAAUGUACCUGCAAGUUUUAAAUUGAGGUGUUUGUUGCAUGGUUUGUAUGUUUGUUUUUCUUUUGACAUGAAGACCAGUGAGAGUAAUUCCUGAAAGGCAGGAUAACUGGGUGAUCAAGUGUUUGUGAAAUACUGGAUUUAUAUCGUUAUGGUGUUGAAGUGGUCAAAUAAUGAGAUAUGGACAUGCCCUCUCCUCUCUC